AUUAUAUUCACUAGCCCAUUAUUUUCUGUGACCACAUCAAGCCCCCGUCUCAAACAAAUAAACAUCACUUUUUAUUUUGAGGGGGAAUAAUAUGGAUCGUAGAAGCGUGUUUGCGGUCGCUUUGAUCUGCAUUGUGGUGGCUGGUGUCGGUGGUCAAUCUCCGACCGCCGCUCCCAUUAAAGCACCAUCAGGAGCGACUACGCCUGCUGCUGCAGCACCCGCUACGGCUCCUGUUAGUAAAUCUAAGUCACCAGCUCCGACCGCUGCUCCAACUUCUUCUCCACCAACUUCCUCACCACCUACUUCGUCACCACCGGCUGCUGCUCCCUCGAAGUCUGGAGCGGUUCCAGCUCCCUCAAAAUCUGCUCCGGCUGUUAGUCCUGUGAGUUCUCCUCCAGCCAAGUCGCCUCCCGCUGCUGCACCGACAACCCCACCAGAGAGCUCAGCCUCUCCUCCGGCUCCUGUUGCGGCUCCAACUGCUGCCGAUGUUCCUGCACCGGCUCCAAGCAAGAGCAAGAAGAAGCCAAAGAAACACGGUGCUCCCGCUCCUUCACCUGAUUUGCUCGGACCUCCGGCUCCACCAACCGGUGCUCCAGGACCUAGCCUCGGUGCGUCCUCUCCCGGACCUUCUCUCGCCGCCGAUGAGAGUGGAGCGGGGAGAAUGAAGAGCUUGCAGAAGAUAAUUGGAGGUUUGGCAUUAGGAUGGCCAGCCAUUGCGUUGAUCUUCUAGAGAAGCGAUAUUUGGAUUCAGUUUUAUUUAAAAUAAUUUUUUUAUUUCACUGUGUAAUACAUUUGAUAUUAUGGUAUAUUUAUUUUACUCCAUUUUGUUACCUUAUAAAUACUUGCCUUAGUGGUGUGGUUUUUACUUUUUAUAUUACCUUGAUUACAA